CAACAGCAAUAACCGUCCACAGGAUUUCUGGCGUGUUAGAGUUUGGGGCCGAUUCGUCAAACAAAGCGUUUCGAUUAUUCCCAUCUCCCACCGAGAUCAGCAUAACGGCUCUGCGCAGUGAUCAGUUCAGGUCAUGGUUUUUAUAAAUAACAGAGAUGAGUAUUUACCAUUCCUGAAAGCGCCAGGAGUAAGAAUGCAAACUCCUUUGGUUAACAACGUGACGACGACCACAACGACACUAAACCGAGACGUUGCAGCACAGGUGCAACAGCAACAACAGCAGCAGCAGCAGCCCAGCAACUUCAACAACAACAACGCCGCCAACAAUAACAACAACAACAACACAAACACUCUCAUCAACAACAACAGCAUCAGCGUGAGCGGUCCGUGCGGGACAUUGAGUGUUAGCAACAAUAUAAACAAUAACAACAGCAUUAACAACAAUGGCCAGCCACAGGUUGCCCGGGCACUGCUCAUAUGUCGACCAAACUCGCAUCCUUUCAAUAAUCGAACACUUUACCUUGAGCCGGGAGCCCAAGCUAAGGUAGGACGGUCAGUUGCGAGGAUUCGGGUUUCGGAAAACAAUGCUAUCUUCGACUGUAAGGUGUUGUCCCGGAAUCAUGCCGUGCUGUGGUACAAAGAUGGCCGUUUCUUCAUCAAGGAUACGGGCAGCAGCAAUGGCACGUUUAUCAACAAUUUUCGGCUUAGCCAAACGUGCUCCGAAUCGGAACCGUACGAGAUCAGCUCGGGUGACAUCGUGCAGUUUGGCGUGGACGUUAUGGAGAAUACGCGGCGCGAAACGCACGGUUGCAUUACGGCUACGCUCAAGCUCUUCCUACCGGACGGACGGGAAACAAAGGCAAGCCAGAAGGUGGGGAUCGGGGGUCAAAGCGCCAUCAUACCGCCGGUCGAUCUGUACAGAUUAAAUCAGUACAUCCAGGAGGCAAACCAACGUGAACAGAUACUCGAAACAAAGUUGAUCAGUCUCCAGAAGAUGGUCGAAUCGACGAAACAAAAUUCCUUCCUCGGCUGGCAGGCGUUGAUCGACGAGGAUCGAUUACUGAGCCGAAUCGAUAUGCUGGAAAAGAAGCUACAGUACUGCCAGAAGAACAUCACCGAGGAUAAGUUGCGUGAGGAACUUUUGAAACUGGUGGAUGAAAAGGAGGAGUACCAGAAUGCGGCCAAAGAGGCUAUGUACAAACUGCACCAGGAGCGGCACGAAGCGGUGCACAAGCAGAUUUCGCUCGAGAAAGCGCUCUGUACCAGUGAGGACGAGUGUUCGUUGUUGCGGGAGCAGCUCAACAAAACGAAGCAACAAGUGCAGGAAAUGACCAUAUGCAUGGAUACACUGAAGAGUCAGUACGAUGAGAAGGUAGCUUCCAGUGAGGAGCAACUCAAAGCGAAGGAGUCCGAAAUUACCAGCCUCACGCACAAACUAGACCAUUUUGUUGAUGUUUAUGCGAUUGGUUCGUCAGACGACGAACAGCAGCAACAACAACAGCAUCAACAGAUACACAGCUCAGCCAUGUCGAACUGGCUAAAGAAUUCAGAUAUUAAAAAACUGGAAGGAUCUGAGGACAUAAUUAAGGCCAUUUGUAAUGAUACUGAAAAUGAGAUUACCAAUAGUGAAUACACGGAAGGGCUGACGAAGCUUCAACGGCGCAUCAAUACGUUUGAGAAAAAUUUCACCCUGUUGUUCGGAGCAGAUCUGAAGUCGGAAAAUGAAACGGAUGAUCUGGAUAACGAUGCAACGGAACCAAUUGUGUUGACGGGUACGACAACUGUAGCAGCGAUACCCGCGGGUGGGCCCAAAACGGACGACCUCGUUGGUGAUGCAAGUGAUGCGCAAGGAGACGAAAAUGGACCACCAACGUUACAGGUUGAGUGCGAUGGCAAUCAGAACGAUGUAAACAGUACCACGACGGACACGAACCGCAGCGGCGGCGGAGAUGGUAGCGACGAUGCUGCAACGCAGAUGGGUCAGGUGGUAAAAACGCGCGUAGGGGGUGUUGAUCAGGAGCUGCAGGAGCCAGAAGGUGGCAGCGCUACCAUGGCUUCGGCGGCAGCUCCACCGUACGGCCAAGGAGGCGAUCAGAUAAAUCAGAACGUGCUGAAGCGUAAUAUUCGAUCGAUCAAGAACGACUGUUCGACACUGUUGCGACAAGUGGAACGUACGAUAGCGCAGAAGCAAUCGGAACAAAUUAUCCAGAAAGCCAAAUUUGAGGAGCUGGAGACGGAGCUGCUGGCAUUUAAGGCGGAACUCGAAAGCCGACCCAAGCAGGAUGAACUGGAUCAGAAGCAACAGCUUUGUGAUAGCCUCACCGAAAGUCUUUCAACGCUACGAAACGAGAUAGACGAGCUGCGCACGCUGAACGAUCACUGUCAGUUAGAGAUGGAGCGCAUGGAGGUUGAGCUGCUCAAGCAGAAAAACAUCGAAAACGAAAAAAUCAGUGCAAUGGCUGCAGCAGCCGCCGCCGUAGCGAACGCGUCCGCCGAAAACGUUUCGAUUGUGGUAAAGGAAGAGCAGGAAUUAAUGCAGACGAGCGAAACGGAAAAAGAGAAGCGGACGGAAAAAUCAUCGUCUUCACCGGAAACAGAAACGACGGCAAAGGAAGAAGGGGAAAACCAGCCACAAGAGCUAAUGAUGAUGCCUACGACCUUGCUGGUUGUGACGGAAAAUGCGCCAGUGGCGGAAAUGCCCUCACCGGUUCUGAUACCCACGGUACCGAUGGUGGACGUAGAAACGCAAACCGAUGCACUUCCAGAUGUGCCUGCAGUACCGAGUAUGCCAGUACCAGUUCUACCUCUAGCAGUAGCAACAUCCGGCAGCGAUCCAAUGGUGUCCGAUGCGAGCGACGGUGGUGAUGUAUCCAUCUGCUCCAAUUUGGACGAUUUGGAGGAGGAUGAUGACGAUGAGAAGACGGAAACCAUCGAUUUGGCCACCGUGUACAUGGCACCUGCGUUGGAUGUGUUCAGGAAUCCAUCCGCACCAAGCGAUGCUACCGUGGACGACAAACCGUGUGAGAGUAGUAGCAGUAAUGGGGGAAGUUCACACCUAAUGUCGUGCGCUGCCGUGGACGAUGCGACCGGUAAUGGGGCGGUCCUGUCCGGGACGACCGCAAUCGAUUACGAGCUGGCCAUGAUUAAUCAUCCGGAUGUGCAACGUGAGGAGGAACUGGUUGCCUUCAAGGAAAAGUACUCCCAUCUGAGUGAGGAGAACGUUCGGCUAAAUCAGCAAUUGAAGCAGUUGACCAGCGAUAUGAGCCAAUCGCGGCAGUGGUUCGCACUCCAGAUAGCCGCCUGCAUUGUGCCGGUCAUGGCCAUCUUCUGCUACAUGCUGACAGGUCGCUCGUAAUGGAUGGAACUCGGUUGGGACCUCUUUCCCAUAGACUAGAAAGGGCAUUAGCUCGAAAAGCGCUCAGCUUAGGACCUUGCCACAGGCAGCAGAGUAGAGUGCGCUGUAGGGAAACGGAAGUGCAAGAAGGAAGCAGGUUGGAACUGUUGUUUACUAAUGUUCAAUUUUUUUACUAUGUUUUGUUGUUGUGCGACCAGUCUGAUAGACGAAGCAAAAAAGGGACAAAAAAUUAUCUCGUUAUCUGUACCUAGCUACAAGAAAGGAAAGGCUUAAUUGUUUAAUUUCACUUCUGUUGAUUAUGGAUAUUAUUUAUUAUUACUCGCAAAUCGUCCACCAGCCGUGUGCUUUGAGUGUCUGCUGCCGGCAAAAGAAUGCGAGGCGAAGUACGCUCCGCUGUGAAUAUCUGAUCUAAAAGGGUGGAGAAGAAGGGCUCCCCGCAAAGCGUGAAGCUUUAUCGAACUGUUUGGUGGAAUCCGGUGUUGCUAAUCAUCUGUUCCUUCGAGGCGAAAACAAACAAAACAAUCUCACAAAUUACAACAUUCACUUCACCCACACAUGUUCUCUGUACAUUCAUAUAAUCAACAGUACUGUAUUUAUUAACCAUUAAUCCGAUGCUAAUUUUAUCGACAAUGCCUAAACAAAUACUGAAGAACGCAGACUGGCGUCUAGUUUAAAGCCAAGCGAAUCAAUAAUUAUAAACAUAAGGUUAAUGCACCAGAAAGAGACACCUUCUUGGUGCGAAUGGAAUAUCAGUAGCAUUAUGCGAUGGUUAAAGAUGCGCGCGCUGUACGAGCAAGCGAGUGAUCGUUAGGAGUCCGAAUUGGAUGGUACCAGUUAUGAUGAGCAAUAGGGGUGCGGUGGUGGAGACGGACGGGGUGUGUCAGGAUGCCUGUAUGAUUGCAUAAUAGAUGUACGCGUUUGCUUGAGUGAUCCCGAACGAAGAUGUGUAACUUGAAGACAGCUAAUGUGACGGUGUGACGAAUAGAUGGUUGAGUGCGUGUUGAGCACUCUGCUGCAGCAGUAGGGCUUCAUUUUUCCUUGUUCCCCGUUGGAUGCAAAGUCCUCAAGGCCAAAUUUUUCUCACCUUCCGCGUGUUAGUCUGUAGACAGUGCAUCAAUCUAGUGUAGUGGCAGGAAUCAUGUUGAAUCCAUUAGUGUGUUGGCGUCGUUGAGAGACGAUUGGUGGAGGCUAGUUGAUCGAAACACUUCAUCAGAUCGGAACAUCUAUUUGUCUUCUACUAACGCACCAUCGAUCGGAAUAGGCUAGCUUUUAUAAGAAUCUAUAUUGACCCUAACAGUACGUUUAAUGCUACCACUACUAAUAUUACUACUGCAAGAACAGAUGAACCCGGGGUACGCUGGCAUUUUGCAUUGAGCACUGCACUCUACGCAUCUCGUCGCAGUGCGGAGUAGGUACGGACAACUGAAGUCGAAAUGCGGACAUUGUUUGCUAUGGCCAUUGGGAAUGCAAAGUACAAAACAAAAACAAAAUGCAGAAAGAAUGUAAUGAGCAUAGCAUCGUGUGGAAAGCUAUCAGCAGCAGCAGUUGGAAUGUAACACGCUUGACAUGAAAUGGACGGAAUCUAUUUCUCUGUCCAGAUCGGUAGUAUCGAAAAGAGCAAUGGCAGUGGACUGUUGAAAUGCAAUAAAUUAAUAGCCGCCGCAGGUUUCACCCAAAAGCACGAUCAGCCGCUCGACGAACGUUGGUGAUGAUGAUGCGAGAAAUGGAAAGCAAGCUCUAGUGGGGGAGGGAAGAAAAACAGUGAUCGGUCACCUUUGGCAUGGGUGAAUAAAAGAAGUAAAGAAAGUGAACUAGAAGGAAUAGUGGAAAUAGGAAAUAUUAAUACAUGCAGAGGGCAGACCACAUUACGCAGACGAGAUUUCGAAUUUGAUACGGCACUCGGAAACGGCUCUCUUUCUCUGCUAAAACACAUGGAGACGAGAGCCAUCAUAUUGGCAUUUGGAACGCUUGACUUUAAUAUGUAUUAUAUUGGAACCGCAAACACAAGGAGGUGCAAAUGCAGCCUCAAAACUGUCGAAACUCGAAGACACAAGGGCAGUGAACGGGGAGAUGUAAUGAAGGGGAAGUAAAAGAAUGGCGACGAAUAAGUACGUAAAUAAUAAAGAUGAAAAAAAAGCGAUAUA